AUGAAUUCGGACUCCAGCUCCAGCAGAGCUUCCUCUCCAGACAUGGAUGGGAUGUACCUCCAUCACCAUCCUCAAGACGGACGCCUGAACUCCGUGUCCUCCACGCAGAACGAGCUGCUCCAGAAGAUGACGGGCGAGCACGCGUCCAAGACGCCCUCCGGCAGCAAGUACAAGCUCAAGAAGCAGGUGACCGAGCAGGAGGUCCAGCAUCUGCGCUUGAAGAUCAACGGCCGAGAGCGCAAGCGCAUGCACGACUUGAACCUGGCGAUGGACGGGCUCCGAGAGGUCAUGCCGUACGCGCACGGGCCGUCUGUGCGGAAGCUGUCCAAGAUCGCCACGCUUCUGCUGGCCAGAAACUACAUCCUGAUGCUGACGAGCUCCCUGGACGAGAUGAAGCGGCUGGUGGGUGAGAUCUACGGCGGGCACCACUCGGCGUUUCACUGCGGGACUGUGAGCCACGGCGGUGCGCACUCGGCGAGCGCGGCGGCGCACCAGGUGCACCCUCUCCUCGGCAGCGCGUUGACCUCGUCCACCUCCUCGGCGCUUUCCGCCACGUUACCGGGACUUACUUCCAUCAGGGCGCCGCACUCUUUGAUGAAGAGCACCCCUACACCUCCGCUGCAGCUCGGGGGCUCGUUUCAGCACUGGACGGGCUUGCCGUGCCCCUGCACGAUUUGCCAGGUGCCGCCGCCUCCCCACCUAACCAUCACUUCGACAGGACUUACGAGGCUUUCUACAGAAAACAAGGAAGUGACCGCAUAA